CUCUCAUCCGGGACAUCAGGCGGAUGACGUCAAGGCGCCGAAAUAAACAACAGCGAUAACAGACCACAAUAACGAACGCGGUGUUAUUUUCAGAAAUAAUAACACAUUGAUGCGUUUUAUUAUCCAGCGCAGCUGUUUAUAACAGUAAGUCAGUGUGGAAACAACUGUUUGCAGCAAGAUGCAGGCGGCAGAGGACGCGCAGGGGUCGCUCGCGGAGCGCGUGGAGUCUCUGGGAGUGAGUGAACGGGAGAAAACCGCGGGAGAAGAGAAAACAGAAGAGACAACUGAAGCCCCAAAAGAGACUAUAACAGAGGAUUACGCGAAUGCAGAAGGAGACAAAGAACCCAUGAAUGCGGAGGAGCAGAGAGAGGGAGAGAUGAAUGGAGGCUGUGAAGGACAGCUGCAGCAGACGGAGGAGGACUGGGAGAUCCCUUACAGCGAUGAGGAGAUGGAGGACACGGAGAACUGGAUGCCCGCGCCCGAGGAGAUCAAGCGGCUGUAUGAGAUUCUGGCUAAAGGAGAGAUGCUGGAGCUGAAGUGGGAGCCGCUCCCACGCCGACCUCCGACCCCACCGUGCACCCCCUCACCUGAGAGAGACGGAGACGACUCGCAGGAGGCCAAAGAAGAUGAGAACCAGCACAAGGCCCUCACACCAACUGAAUUUGAUUUCGAUGAGGAACAGACUAUGGCAACUCCCAAAAACUCUUUUCUCAGUCGCCGAAGAACACCAGGUUCCUCUGGCCGCUCGUCGGUCAAGCGUGAGGCCCGGCUGGACAAAGUGCUGUCGGACAUGAAGCGGCACAGAAAAAUCGAGGAGCAGAUUCUAAGGACAGGUCGCGAUCUUUUUAAAAGCGAUAAAGCACGGGCGGGGCCUGUGGUGGAAAAGCCCUUAUCACCCAACAGUCAGCGAGAGCGGGAAAAAGAGCGAGAGCGAGACAGCGACCCCAGCACUGUCUUCAGUCCCAGACAGAGGAGAUACUGAGGGAAACAACAGACUGCUUGAGUGAAUGCCUGGCUUUUUAGGGUUUAUACCCGAAACCGUCAUAAUUCAUCUUUUGCAUUGAUGCUACAAAUGAGAUGCUACUAUUUUACUGAUGAUGUCUUUUUUUAUUCAGACUUUUUUUUUCUAUGUGAAUAAAUAAAUGAAUGCCUAGC